AUUCUCUAUUAUAUAUAGAUAGUUAGAAGGAUAGAUGAGUUCAUUCAUCGAAAAAGGACAGAUGAGUUCAUGGGGAAGCUUUAAUCCAGUACUGAUGACGAAGACCAUGAGCCGCCAACUCUUCCUCCUCCUCCUCGGCGUUCUUGGCACGGUAGCUUCAGCUGCGGCCGGUGAUCAUAUUCAUCCGUCGCCCAAGGCGGAACAAAGUCGGUUGCUGCCUUUCAGUCGAGCCAGCUUUCCAGAUGGCUUCCUCUUUGGUGCCGGAACUGCUGCUUACCAGUCCGAGGGAGCCGCUUCGGGAGAUGGCAAGGGGCCUAGUAUCUGGGAUACCUUCGUUAAGCAACAUCCAGAAAAAAUAAUGGAUCACAGUACCGGAGAUUUGGCGGACAACUUCUACAAGAAGUACAAGGAAGACAUAAAACUGAUGAAGAAGAUUGGUCUGGACUCUUUCAGGUUUUCCAUAUCAUGGAGCAGAAUAUUGCCAAAUGGCAAACUCAGUGGAGGAGUGAACCAAGUUGGCGUUACGUUCUAUAACGACCUCAUCGAUGAGCUCCUUGCCAACGGCAUAAAGCCGUUGGUCACUUUGUGGCACUUCGAUCUUCCCCAAGCUCUUGAAGAUGAAUAUGGUGGAUUCUUGAGCCCCAAGAUUGUGGGUGAGUAUUUGGCGUAUGCGAACUUGUGCUUCAAGACAUUCAGUGACAGGGUGAAGCUAUGGGUGACGAUGAACGAGCCGAAUGGGUACGCCGUGAACGCUUACAACACCGGCAACUUUGCCCCCGGUCGAUGUUCCAAGUACGUGGGGAACUGCAGCGCCGGUAACUCGGCGACGGAGCCUUACAUUGCAGGCCACCAUCUGCUUCUUUGCCACGCCGCAGUGGUGAAGCUCUACAGAUCCAAAUACAAGUCCCUUCACAAGGGAGACAUUGGAAUCACCAUUGUCACCAACUGGUACACUCCUAAAUACAACACCCCUUCCGGCCGCGCUGCCGCCUCACGAGCCAUCGACUUCUUCUUCGGCUGGUACGUAACGUACCUCACCUCGCUGGUUAAUUCACAUGCAUAUAGCUAG